GCGUUUCCGUCGUCAUCGCUUCAUCGGUGAAUCAGACGACAUGGAUCACAGCUGCGGACGAGGAGCCAGGAACUCACGCCUCGCUGAGCAUGGACGAUCGGGCAUGAUUGCAAAGUAGCUCCCGCUGAAAGAGUUGGGUCGGUCUGGAGCUUCUGCCCAGGAUGGAGUUCUUGCGCAACCAGGGGAAGCUGCCCAGCGGGCAACGAGCUGAAGCUCCACAAAAUCGCAUGGAAGCCAACUUCAAGCGUCCUCAUCCAAGCAGCACGAAUGGGUGCUCGGCUUUGAACAGCCCAAAUUGGCGUAGACCUGGAGAAAAUGACGACCUCUUGGCCAUGUCUCACUUUCAGAAUCAUCGCUUGGGGACCAGCUCACCUGUGAUUCCAAGCACAAGGCCGGCAUAUUCAUCGUCAUCUACGGUCGCUGCGGCUGAGAGUGAAGGGAAGGCCUUCGCUGCGUGGGAUUUGAAGGGGCCGGAUGCAGGCAACCAUGGAAAAUCAGAUAGGUCCGACAGCGACAUCGAGAUUGACUUUGAGGAGCCUGAAACCGAAGGCGACGACCGAUGUGUCCUCCAAAAUGGGCAGCCCAACUUUUCCGCUACUUCACAGCCAAACCCUCCUCAGAGUACGCAGCCAGCUGGCUCUGCAAUUUCCGAGCCAGGAAGGAGUAGCAUACUCAUCAGAAAAGCUACGAAAUUGAAAUUGCCGUCGUUCAAACGCAAGAUGGACUGGAGUCAGCGCUCCUCGUCGCUCAGCCCAAUGACGGAUGCGCACGAUGCCGAUACAGGCUUCGCAGUCGACGAGAGUAUCGCCAUCGAUGUCAAUUCCGGCGGUGAGUUGGAGGCUCAAGUCGACAUGAAGACUGUAUUGUCCUCAGAAGCAGUUGUCCAUCGUAAAGAGAAGACGCUUAAGAUCAUUCGGAUCGGCUCCCAAACGCGGGAAACCUACAAACAUGCUGAGCGAGUCGAAAUAGCAUUUAAAGCACUGGAGAAAAAGCAGAAAGUGCAGAAAAAUGUGGAACCUGCUACCAUUGCCGCCUCUGGAGCGGCAAGGAUUAGCGGCCAUGCUCAGAAAGGCGUCGCAUUGAAACUUGCGCCAGGAUGGGAGUCGACGGCGGUCAGUCGGAAUCAUAUAGUCGUGUCAGAGGUGCCCCAGGCGUCUCAGGGCGGCAAAGAUGCAGUGGAAGCACGCGACGGCAAAGCAGCGAAAGUGCGGGAUGUGGAAGCAGCAAAGCCCUCCGACAUGGUCACUCGAAAAGCAAAAGAUCUUCAAAUUUGUCCAUUUUGCGAUGGUCGCAUGCCAGACAAGAUGACACAAAAAUUGGAAAGCAUGAUGCAGGGUCUGCUGGAUCGCUAUCACGAAGACGGGCCGCUCAGCAUCAGCGCCAUGCACACGAUUGGCACUUGCGUAAGACAUGAAGACGAGCGAGUCCAUGUGCCGGAAGGUGUGAAGGCCGGAUGGCCGCAGAUACUGAACAAGCGAGAGUUGGAGCAAAGGGUCAGAGAUCCAAUAUACUGGUCUGUUCUGCAACAACGCAUCAAAGAUCCGACGACGAGCGAGUGGUACCUUGCCAUAUCUGAGCGAGUGGCCAAGGUAGGCAAGAAGGCGUUCUCUACCACUCAACAGAUGCAAAACAUUGAGGAUCAAAGGGCGGGCUACUAUGGUCAGCAAGGAUGGGAGCACCUGCUCACGCUGCUUUUGACUGCGUUCACAAAGGGCACCGACGUGGAUCCACGGUACCAUCUCACGAGCAAGGACGCGCUUGCGCGCAUCGAGCCACUCAACCCGACGAGCUUUGUGCACAGCAUUCUCAUGCCAGAGCUCAUCUUUAUGCUUCUGCGAGAUGAUAUGGAGAGAUAUGCUCAGCCAAACGGGAGUGCGGACGUCAAGAGGCUCCGGGAUGCAAGCACGCGCUACGGCUCUGCGCUAUUUCCUUCUGAUGGCGAGGGCAUCGAUCCCAGGGAGCUGGUGGCCGACGAUCAGGUCGAACGGUCGGACGAGCGAGGACAGCAUCAAGGCAGCCAGCAAGCUCGGAACGGAAGUAGCCGCAGCAGUAGCAGCGGUGUUAGAUCGUCUCAAAAAUCUUCAUCUCAGCCGUUUGACAUUGCAAAGAUCGCCAUCCAGAAACGAUCCCCGAGGCGUUGAGUGAUUCGCGGUACCUCAUGGAUCGCCAUAUCCAGCACCCAUUUUGGCGGCAGUUCGUCCAGUACGAAGGCUCUUGUCUGAGACUGCGAGUCUGUGACCCUGACUUUGCUUGGUUGGGUGCGCUACGCUCAGCUUUGAAUGCAUACUCAUGCAGUGCUCGCUUACGGCGCCAUGACUGUCUGCAAGGUCGUCCAGGGGAGUCGCAAUUCAUCGAUCCCUGCUGGGACACACCCUUGCACUGCAACGGCAGACUUGUCAUUCUGUACAAGCUUCAGCCACACGCCCCCGCAGUGACAGUGUUUCAACGACGUCACGCAACCUUUCAACGUUGACUAUGUCGUGUGAUCCCAAGCACAUCGCAAACAUGGACUUUUCCUGAGCAGCCAUAGAUGCCAAUUCUAUGCGAUCG